UUAAUGUUAUAGAUAUUAAAUUGCAUCAAGUUGUACCUAAAACAGUUUUAAAAACAGCAUAAUGUGAAUCAUAUCCCUUUACAGAUUGUUUUCUUCAAAUGCUCGUUUAUCUAUAUAAAGCCAAGCUACCCGCUUAUAUUUUCAACAAUCUCAUCACCAUCUUGUAAAGAAUUGUUUGGCAUUUGUGAGAGUAUAAUCAAGAGUGAGAUAAUGGCUUUAUCAGGAAAGUUAAUCGGUUAUGUAGAGAUCAGUAAGACCGGUGAUGUCUUUCAUGACCUCUUUAGACACAAUCCUCACAAGAUAGUUGAAAUAACCCCCCAUAAGGUUCAUGACUGUGAGCUGCAUGAGGGCGAUAGAGGGGUCGUUGGAUCUAUCAUCUCUUGGCACUACACUCACGAGGGAAAGAAAAAAAUUUGUAAACAGAUUAUUGAAUCAGUGAAUGAGGAAAACCACAUGAUUGUGUUCAAGGUAAUUGGAGGAGAACUAGGGGAGAUAUACAAGAGCUUCACGAUCAUAUUUCAUGUUGAACCAAAGGGUGAUGGACAGCAGGUUACAUGGACCUUUGAGUUUGAGAAACCAGAUACAAGUGUACCCUAUCCAACUUCUAUGAUGGAUUAUCUAUGCAAUCUUGUUAAGGAUUUGGAUGCUCAUAACAGUGACCACUAAGUGGUUCUUCAAGCUCUCAUCAAACAUGGAAAUGGAGGGAAGAUCUGCUUAAUUUGUGUGUGAGUGUGAUUGUAUCAUGAAUAAAUAAAUGGCGUGUUAUGUAAUUUCCUUUUAAUGUCAUGCAUGAAUUUGAAAUCUAUGUAUCCAUCAUUAUUGUCGUUUUCCUUGAUUAUAUUAACUUCUUGUUUUAUAAUCUC